CUCAGCCUCUCAGACACAAUCGCCAUGCCUGUAGCACCCAAGGAGAGGUCCCCGAUGCAUGCUGCAGUCACUCCUGGGUUCAGCCCAUGAGAAACCCGGGAGUACCUUGAUUAACCGGCACGUGUGCAGCGAGAUUGGCUCGAGGGUACCUUUUCAGGGUCCGGGUGCGUCUCCUCGGCAUCGCAUAGCUUCGUUAGCCCCUCCAUCUCAACUGCCGCGGUGGGGUACCUCAUGAUGUUUCGGGCCAAGACAAAUUUUCGUAUCAGCGUGGCUAUUAGGGCCCGAAGGGAGCUUUGGUGCAUCUGGCUCUAGUCUUGUGUUCUUCUUCACCUAAGUCAUUCUCAGAUUGAACGUCGUAAAUAAAAGACAUCAAGAUGCCUCUUCCAUUCGGUGUGUACAGAGCGGACCACGUAGGCUCUUUCCUACGUCCCAAGUCUGUGCUCGACGCUCGCGAAGCCGUCGCAAACGAGAAGUCGGACACCACCGAGCUCCGCAAAGUCGAAGACGCCGCCGUCGCAACCGUCGCCCAGCAGCAGAUCGAGAAUGGGCUACGCUCCGUGACCGACGGCGAAUUCCGCCGCGCAUACUUCCACCUCGACUUCCUCCAGCAUCUAGAGGGUAUCGAGAUCAAGGGCCAGACCGGCCUCAUCCGCCCCCACGGCUUCUCCCCGCCCGUGCUUGCCGUCACCGGCAAGCUCGGCCACCCCAAGCCCAUCCAGGUCGAGGACUUUAAGUUCCUCGAGGAGCAGAUCAAGAAGCAGGGCGGCGGCGCCACCACAAAGGUGUGCAUCCCGUCGCCCACGAUGGUGCACUUCCGCGGCGGCCGCGCCAGCAUCGACAUCGAGGCGUACCCGGAUCUCGACGAGUUCUUCGAGGACCUCGCGCGUGUGUACCAGGAGGAACUCGACAGCCUGUACCAAGCAGGCUGCCGCUUUGUGCAGCUCGACGACACCAACCUCGCGUACCUCUGCGACCCCGACAUGCGCAAGCAGGCCGAAGACCGCAACGAGGACCUUGCGACACUGCCCCGCAAGUACGCCGCGCUCAUCAACGCCGCCAUCUCUAAGCGCCCCGCCGACAUGAAAAUCGGCAUCCACCUCUGCCGCGGCAACUACCGCUCCAAGUGGUUCGCCUCCGGCGGCUACGAGCCCGUCGCCGAAGUCCUCUUCAAGGAGCUCAACGUCGACGCGUACUUUCUCGAGUAUGACGAUGCGCGGUCCGGCGACUUCAAGCCCCUGCGCCAUCUCCCUGAGCACAAGGUCGUUGUGUUGGGGCUGAUGAGCUCGAAGAAGGCUGCGCUGGACGACAAAGCGGAGAUCGUGGAGCGAUUGAAGCAGGCGGCGGAGAUUGCGCCCAAGGGGCUUGAGCAGCUGUGUUUGAGCCACCAGUGCGGGUUUAGCAGUACGGUUGAGGGCAAUGAGUUGAGCCAGGAAGAGCAGUGGGCCAAGGUUAGGCUGAAUGUGGAGAUUGCGAAUGAGGUCUGGGGAAAGGAUUUGAGUAAAUAGGGGGGUUUCUGGGCAGGGGGCGUGAAGGUAGAGGCAGGCAACGCGGGAAGAAGUGUGCUAUGAAGAUCGUAGCACGGCCUGGGGUGGGCGGUGGAUAGGCCUUAGAGUUGGAGGCCUUGACGAUGAAGACAUUAGAGCGACAGCUCGCUCGCAUUCAACAAUAUCUAUUUAUCAAAAUAACACUGAG